CUCCAGGGCAGAAUCUGUGCUCAAGGGAUGCUCGAAGCAGGCAACUCCGCCAGCUACUGGAGAAGGUGCAGAACAUGUCUCAGUCUAUUGAGGUCUUGAAUCUGAGGACUCAAAGGGACUUUCAGUACGUGUUAAAAAUGGAAACACAAAUGAAAGGACUGAAGGGAAAAUUUCGGCAGGUUGAAGAUGACCGGAAGACACUCCUAACAAAACAUUUCCAGGAGCUGAAAGAAAAGAUGGAAGAGUUGCUGCCACUGAUCCCUGUCCUGGAGCAAUAUAAAAUGGAUAGCAAGCUGAUCAAUCAGUUCAAAGAUGAGGUGAGGAAUUUGUCUAUAGUGCUGACUGCGAUCCAGCAGGACAUUGGAGCUUAUGACUAUGAGGAGCUUCAGCACAGAGUUCUCAACUUGGAAAGUCGACUGCAUGACUGCAUGAAGAAACUAUCAUGUGGCAAGUUGAUGAAAAUCAGCCUCCCCAUGACAAUCAAAACCUCGGGAACCAGAUUCGGAGCAUGGAUGAUGGAUCCCUUGGCAGCAGAGAAAGAAAAUAAGGUGUGGUACAUGGAUGGAUACACAAGUAGUAAAGUGGUUCGUGAAUACAAGUCUAUGACAGCCUUUGUGAGUGGAGAGGAUUACAGGCUCUACCGUCUGCCCUAUCCCUGGGCAGGAACCAAUCACCUGGUCUAUAAUGGCUCUCUUUACUUUAACAAGUACCAGAGCAAUACUCUGAUAAAGUAUAACUUUGAGACAGGCUCAGUGUUGGCCCAGCGCAGCCUGGAGUAUGCUGGAUUCAAUAACAUCUAUCCCUACACCUGGGGUGGUUUCUCUGACAUUGACCUCAUGGCUGAUGAGGGUGGAAUCUGGGCUGUCUAUGCCACCAAUCAGAAUGCAGGAAAUAUUGUCAUCAGCCAGCUGGAUGAGCAGACCCUGGAGGUGCGGAAAAGCUGGGACACAGUCUAUCCUAAGAGGAGUGCUGGUGAGGCCUUCAUGAUCUGUGGCACAUUGUAUGUCACCAACUCCCACCUGACAGGAGCCAAGGUCUACUUUGCGUACUCCACCAAGACUUCAAGUUAUGAGUACACAGACAUCCCAUUUCAUAAUCAGUACUUUCACAUUUCCAUGCUGGAUUACAACGCCAGAGACCGAAUGCUGUAUGCCUGGAACAAUGGCCAUCAAGUUUUAUUCAAUGUCACUUUGUUCCAUGUUAUUCAAACCCAGGAGGAUCCAGAAUCUCCUGGACAGCAGUAGAUUUGGACAACCUAUUCAUUCACUGACAAUCUUCCCUGAAGUGGCAAGAUUUUCUAAACUUUCU